AGCAACACUCUAAAAAUUCUUUAUUCUCUUCUCUCUCUUUUUUCCAUAUAAAAACCACUUCUCUUCACCACAACCAUCGCCAAAUCAAAGCUUUUUUUUUUUUCUUCAGAUCUGAAUUUCACUACAAACCCAUUAUUUAUUCAAGUUUUUAAGACAACCCAUCUGAAAAUCUUGAAUAAAACUGAUUUUUUUUUCUUCAGAUCUGAAUUUUACAACAAACCCAUUAUUUAUUCGAGUUUUUACAACGACCCAUCUUAAAAUCUUGAAAAAUUUCAACUCAUGGCUGUUGAAAAUAUUGAUUCGGAUCCAAACCUGAUUAAGAUCCGAGAAGUUUGGUCAGACAAUCUUGAAUCAGAAUUUGAACUUAUACGUUCUAUAAUUGAUCAAUACCCUUUUAUUUCAAUGGAUACUGAAUUUCCAGGUGUAAUUUUCAAGCCUGAAGUGGGUCCCUUUCGAAGGAAUAAGCGACACGUGGCACAGUUACCGUCAGAAUCUUACAAGUUGUUGAAGUCAAACGUUGAUGUUUUAAACAUAAUUCAAGUUGGACUAACGUUGUCAGAUUCUAAUGGUAAUUUACCUGAUUUAGGUACUGAUCAUAAGUACAUAUGGCAGAUUAAUUUUUCAGAUUUUGAUGUGGAGCGUGACAUGCACGCGCCUGAUUCGAUUGAGUUACUUAGACGUCACGGUAUUAAUUUCGAGAAAAAUAAAGAAUUUGGGGUUGAUUCUGUUUAUUUUGCUGAGUUAAUGAUGUCGUCUGGAUUAAUUUGUAAUGAAAAUGUAAGUUGGGUGACUUUCCAUAGCGCGUAUGAUUUCGCGUACCUUGUAAAGAUUCUCACGCGCCGAGAACUUCCUGAGGACUUAAUUGACUUUUUGGAGAUUCUCAGGGUGUUUUUUGGAAACAAUGUUUAUGAUGUGAAACACUUGAUGAGGUUUUGUGAGAGACUUUAUGGUGGUUUAGACCGGGUUGCGGAAGCACUUGAGGUGAACCGGGCGGUUGGAAAGUGUCAUCAGGCCGGUUCAGAUAGCUUGCUGACGUGGCAAGCCUUUAAGAAAAUGAGGGAUGUGUACUUUGUAAAAGACGGACCGGAAAAAUAUGCCGGCGUUUUGUUUGGAUUAGAAGUGUAUUAAUGAGGAAUUAGUCCUAAUUUUUUAUUGUUAGUAAAUAAAAAUUUGUUUGGUUAA